AAUUAAAAUCGAUCACUCUGCCUGUUCCAAUCCAACAGUGGACCGACAGUCGUUUCAGUUCUAUGUUCAUAAACCCUACUUUCGAUUGGAUUCUUGAGUUGUUUUCCCUCCAGCAUCCUCCCCCAUUUCAUCUUCGUUCCGACGGAAUUUUUUCUCUUUGAUUUCGUAAGACAAAUGGGUGGGAGCGCUAUAGAUGAAGAUUGGCAGCUUGACCUUACUUCCCCAACCAGGAGAAGUGCUCAAACUGUGGUUUUAGUCGGUCGUACAGGCAAUGGGAAAAGUGCUACUGGCAAUAGUAUUCUUGGAAGGAAGGCAUUUAAGUCGAAGGCAAGUUCUUCGGGUGUGACGAUCACUUCUGAAUUGCAGACAACUGUACUAACAGAUGACCAAGAGAUAACUGUUAUUGACACCCCAGGGCUGUUUGACUUUUCUCUUGGAUCAGAGUUUGUUGGCAAGGAAAUUGUCAAAUGUAUUGAUCUGGCCAAGGAUGGUAUUCAUGCCGUUCUUUUAGUUUUUUCAGUCCGGAGUCGUUUUUCUCUGGAAGAAGAGGCUGCCCUUCGUAGCCUGCAAACUUUGUUUGGUAGCAAAAUUUUCAACUACAUGAUUGUUGUUUUUACUGGGGGUGACGAACUUGAAGAAAAUGACGAUACAUUGGAAGAUUACUUAGGUCAUUCAUGCCCUGAUCCGUUAAAGGAUAUCCUUGCCUUGUGUCAAAACCGAUGUGUGCUUUUUGAUAAUAAGACUAAGGACGAAUUAAGGAAGGUUGGACAAGUUCAACAACUGCUCUUCCUUGUUAAUGGCAUUAUGAUGCAAAACGGUGGACAACCCUAUUCAGAUGAGUUAUUCACCGAACUGAAGAUGGGGGCUAUGAAACUACGUGAUCAACAAAAAGAGGUUGAUUCUCUUGAAGGCUACACCAAGCAAGAAAUUUUGGAGCUGAAGGAGCAGAUGCACCAUUCAUACGAUGAGCAGUUGAAAAGAAUUACAGAUAUGGUUGAGUUGAAGCUUAGAGAAACAACUGUAAGACUUGAACAAAAACUGGCAGAAGAACAAGCAGCGAGACUGAAGGCAGAAGAGCAUGCACGACAUGCUCAGAGAGAAUCUAGUGAUGAAAUUCGUAAACUCAGGGAGAAUCUACAGAAAGCAGAGGAAGAGCUUCGCAGGCGUGGUGAGUCGUCUCACUGCACCAUCCUUUGAUAAGAAUUUGGUGUUAAGAUUUACUAGAGUAAAUAUUAUCUUUAUGAAAUCUCAAAAAGAAUAUUUCCCAUCCGCCUCCCACCAUGGUGCCUUUUACGGAGGUUUACAUUAACGGUGCAACUGAUUAAAUGAUGUCUAUAAUUCUAGGGUCCUUUUAUUAUCAAACAUUUCUGAUUGCAUUUAACUUCUAUGUAUAUGAAAAUUCCAUUGCCUAA